AAUGGGAGAGAGGGAGGGAGAGAGAGAGAUGGAAAGCCGAUUAAGGGAGAGAGGAGCAGCGUCGCCGCGGUCCAAAAAAGCAGAAUGAAGCGGUUCAGAGUCUCAGUGUUGUCUAUCUACUCCUUUAUGCACUUAUAGCAAAUUUUCUCCUUCUGAAAGCCAAGACCUCGACCCACUGUUACAAGGACCCAAACCAGCCUUUGGGAAGUUGGGGGCAGAGAGAAAGCACAACUUAGCAACUAGCACCUCUUUGACGGAAAUGCCUCACAAGUUGGCAGGAGAAAAUGGCUUCAACUUUACCCAGAAACUUAUUUUUUCUAGCACAUCCAACCCAGUGGAGAACAGCCUUAAUUUUGAUACAACCAGUUCUAAGGACUCUUGUGACACUUCUGUGUGCAAUGGCACUUUAUACUCCAAUGCAAACAGCCCUUCAGACUCUUGCAUUAAGCCCCUCUGCAAGGGGGGAUCUGAAGAUCAGAGCCAGUUCAGCAAAGGCAUUAAAUACGUCUCCUCGGAAGGAGAGGUGCUUGUGUGCGGAUGGGGAGCCUUCACUCCGAAUUGUUUACAAUUUUUCAAUACGCCAAAGGGGGUCUUGUUCUUCCUCUGUGUGGCUUCCUUCCUGCAAGGGAUGACUGUGAAUGGCUUUAUUAAUACGGUCAUCACCUCAAUAGAACGACGCUUCGACCUGCGGAGCUAUGAGAGUGGACUAAUUGCCAGCUCGUAUGACAUUGCCGCCUGUGUGUGCUUGACAUUUGUCAGUUACUUUGGGGGGAAUGGGCAUAAACUGCGGUGGCUUGGGUGGGGAGUGUUGGUCAUGGGGAUUGGGUCCAUUGUCUUUGCAUUGCCCCAGUUCACCACCAGCCAAUAUGAAGUACAUUUCUCGGAGGCGAUUGGCACGUGCUCCUCCAAUCAGAGUGCAGGGUGCACGGAAAGGGUCUCCAGCCUGUCGAAUUAUCGGUUUGUCUUCAUGCUCGGACAGUUCCUACAUGGGAUCGGAGCAACACCGCUUUAUACUCUUGGAGUGACCUAUUUGGAUGAAAAUGUCAAGUCCAACUAUUCCCCUGUGUAUAUUGCUAUUUUCUACACUGCUGCCAUAUUGGGCCCUGCAGCUGGCUACCUUGUCGGAGGAGUCUUUCUGAACAUUUACACCGAAAUUGGAAGACAAAUUGAUCUCACGCCAGACAAUACGCUAUGGGUUGGAGCUUGGUGGAUUGGAUUCUUGGGGGCAGGGGCUGGUUCCCUUUUGAUUGCAAUCCCAAUCUUGGGUUACCCUCACCGCCUGCCAGGAUCCCAGCGUUACAUAGUCAUGAGGGUCUCGGAAGCCCAUCAGCUCAAAGAUGGUAGCCACAAAACAGCCUCAGAUCCUGAUUUUGGAAAGACGGUGAAAGACCUGCCACGGUCAGUACUGUUGCUGCUGAAGAACCCAACCUUCAUCUUUCUUUGCUUAGCUGGAGCAACAGAGGCCACACUCAUUGCUGGGAUGUCCACCUUUGGUCCCAAGUUUCUCGAAUCCCAGUUUAGCUUAAGUGCCUCAGAAGCUGCAACCUUGUUCGGUUACCUCGUGGUACCAGCAGGAGGAGGAGGCACCUUCCUCGGAGGGUUCCUUGUGAACAAAUUUAAGCUCCGCUGCUCGGGAAUCAUCAAGUUCUGUUUGUUUUGCACCCUGUCAAGUCUGCUGGCAAUUUUCAUCUUUUUGAUUGACUGCCCCAAUAUGCCCAUGGCUGGAGUGACCCAGAUGUAUGACAGAAGCGUCUUACCUGAAGGACGUCUUAACCUGUCUGCCCCCUGCAACGUGGAGUGUGAUUGUUUGCGAGAGAUGUACAGUCCUGUGUGCGGAAACGAUGGCAUCAUGUAUUACUCCCCCUGCCAUGCUGGAUGCAAGAAGGUAUCGACCAGCCGCAACAGUGGGAAAAAGGUUUACCACGAGUGCAGCUGCAUCCUUGUGUAUGCUCCCACUGAAUCUGGCUUGGCGACCACAGGAAAGUGUACAUCUUCAUGUGAAAGAAGGACCCUCCUCCUGCUUUUCAUGUUUGUGGUUAUCCUCUUCACAUUCCUAAGCAGUAUCCCUGCUCUGACAGCCACUUUACGGUGUGUUUCGGACAGACAGCGAUCAUUUGCUCUAGGAAUCCAGUGGAUCGUAGUGAGGACACUAGGUGGCAUUCCAGGACCAAUUGCUUUUGGGUCAAUGAUUGACCAGUCAUGUCUCCUUUGGCAGGACCAGUGUGGUGAACAAGGAUCUUGCUAUGUCUACCAGAACUUUGCCAUGAGUCGAUACACCCUGAUCGCUGGUCUUACAUACAAGGUCAUUGGAACCUUCUUCUUCUUGUUUGCCUGUGUGCUCUACAAACCGCCGCCACCUGAAUCUGUUCCGGGCAGCUCUGAUGCCUCUGAAAACGGCAACUGUGACCUCCAAGAGAGUAAAUGUCCACAUCAGUCUCAAGAUGAUGUGGAGCAUGAUGGAUACGACAAGUGACUUUCACACAGUCUCCAAGAUACCAUGUCAAAAGAACAUGUAUUAAGUCUCUCUAUGUUUAUUUUUGAUAUGGUUUUUGUUCACAUUUUCCCCCUUCAGGGAAGAAGAAUUUAAUGAAGUUUUGGUAUAUAAUUUAGUAUUUUAUGAACAGCAAAAGCACACUCCAAAACUUGUGCACUGGCCUUUCCAUCUUGAAGCAGGUAUGUUGCUAGUUUUUGGGAACUUUUUCCCACAAGGUGGAUGGAGAUGCCAGGAUCUUAGAGGGGGCAUGGCCACAGUCUCAAAUGUUUCCCACAUACAGUUGCUGAAGUUUUGGAAUAGAGCACCACCAUUUUGGAAUAUAGUGCCACCAUUUUGGAAUGGAGUGCCACCAUUUUGGAAUAUAGUGCUGCCAUUUUGGAAUGGAGCACCACCAUUUUGGAUUUAUUUUUUUUUAAAAAAAAUCAAGAUGGCAGCUUCUGUGGGGCGUUGGGAUGUGUUCUUUCCCUUCUUAGUCCAAGUGAGGGACACUCAGUUCAUGAGGUGGCCCAACCUUGCAUUUAGACACCAACACGACCCUAGCAUCAAAGAUUUGUAGCGUCAACUUUACCAACAUCACAGUGUUAAUUUAAUUUAUGUAAAGAAGGGCUUGACAAAGCUUCAGACCAUUCCUAAGUAUAAAGCACUUAAAAAAGGCAACUAGAGUUCACCCUGUGGAUUAUGCACCCAAGCUGGGGCAAGCUCUUCUCUGGUGUAAAUGAAAUUUGGCUGGCCUCUUGCUACUCCUUGACAGGAAGCUCUGAGAGCUUUCUUAGAUCCCCUUCCUUUUUUCUUCCUGUUCAUCACUCAAGGGCUGCAGCAUUGUGGUGACUCGCAUAUGCGUAUGUGUAUGUGUGUAUCAGCUCCCAUAGAUCAAAUAACACAGACCUUUCAUAUCACUAUGUAGCACCUCAAAACACUCUCAUUUCCAAUGGAAGCCAUUCAUAUGUUUAACCCUGAGUCACUGAGUGAUGGACAGACAUGUGUGAUGAAUUGCCCCUUUCUUGACCUUGAAUAAGCCUCUUGGUGCUCAUUCAGAGAGUGGCUUCCCACGCAGUCAUCCUCACCUGGAAACACUCCACAGAAAGGCAGCUCACCGGAAUGGCUCUGUAUGCAAAGGAAGGCCUUAUAAUAGUUGUCCGCUGAUAAGUCCUCUGGGUGGUUGGAGGUGGCAUCCCAUUCCCAUUUUAUGGCUUCUGUACGCCUGUUCCCACCCUGUUCACUCCCGUGUGUGUGAGAGAGAGAAAGAGAAUGAGCAGAGAGGCAGGCUUGAAUCCAAUGUGGGCUAUAUCUAACACAGUGCUAAGUCAGGAUCCCACCUGUGCAAGCAUUACCGCUAGCAAUAUGGGACUUUCCCCCUGCACCCCCUAAAUCUGUUCUAGGAAUUUACCCAAUCCUCUGGAGCAGAUUUGGGGAGGGCACGGGGCCUGCACAGCAGGAGGAGAGGCGGAAAAGUCCCAUUGCGCUAGUGGCAAUCCCUUGCGGUGACAGGACCUGUUGGUUGGAUACCACACAGUUCCCUUUCAGGCUUCGGCUUUAUGUACAACUGUUGUUGGUGUGAGAAGAAGCACUAGGACAAAUCCUUCCCUCUCACAUUUCCAUGGCCAUUUUUUCCACUUCUCUGGGAUUUUACCUCCUCUGGGAUUUCAGUGUUUUAGGCAGGCCUGGCCACCAGCACACUGCAUUUCCAGGCAGCUGCUGAGCUUCCAAUUCAAUGCCUGCUCUGGUCCCCUUUUUCCAAUGAUUUUUCUCCAGCUCUCCAAUCAGCACAAGGCCACUGGGUCUUAGAGCCAUCAUUUUAAUCUCCCAUGAUGCCCUGGGGCAUUGUGAAACAUUAAAAUGGCAGAUCCCAAAGCCCUGCUGCCCGGUGCUAAUCAGAGGACUACUGUUGCCCAUUGCCACUGCUAUUUAAGCCCACCAGGGGCCCCCACUGACAUAGGAGGAGGCUCAUCAAAGGACACAUUGCGGAGGCCCCCCUCCAACCAGGAGCUGGUACUGUUGUUCGCUCUGUGUUCUGUGAAACAGCAUGAACACCCAUGACAUCUCUCAAGAGACAGAGUAGAUCAGAGCUGGGGAAUCGUUGGCCCUCCAGAUGUUGCUGAUCUACAAGUCCUAUCAGCCCCAGCAAGCAUGGCCAAUGGCCAAGGAUGAUGGGAGUUGUAGAUCAGCAACAUCUGGCCACAGGUUCCCCACACCUGGAGUAGAUCAUGGUGAAGAAUAAAGUUUUGUGAGGGAUCCACCCACUCACGCCCCAGCUUCUCUUCCUCACAAGAUUAGGUAAGAGAACAUAAUGGGUAUUGUACUUCACAGCUCAAAAAUACCACAGUGAAUUUCAAAACUAGGUGAAAUUGUGCCAAGCCCCAUUUCAGUGGGGAUUCAGAGUUGUGGGAGAAAAGAUGAGCGGGCUGAAUUCUUUCAGAAGUAGCCCACCCUCAGAACUGCCAAUUUUAUUUUAUUUUUUAAAGGGAGUGUUUCCAUCUUGUUUAUUUUGUUUGUUUGCUUUAACUAGGAUCAGGUGUUUGCAAUGACUUAGUUUACACAAACAGCCAAACCAUGUGAUAAAACUAUGCUGGACUCUCCUUCCUCAGACUAUAGGGGGUGGCAUGUUUAAAUACUCCUCAGUUUUCUUUUUAAAAAACAAAACUUUGCCUGUAACUAGCAUGGCAGGGAGAAGGCUAGGCUGAGCCCUUUCCCUUUGACAUGUUACUUUUCCAUAUGCAGGGAAGCAAUGAAAGAUGCUUAGGGUUUGCAUAUGGAGGUGGGACCUUAGUUUGGUGGUAGCACUCAUUCUUUGCAUGCAAAGGGGCCUAGGCUCUGUCCUUCGCAGCAUCUCUGGUUAAAACAGUCAGAUAGCAGAUGAUGAGAAGGCCCUUUUGCCUGAGGCCCUGGGCAGCUGCUGCCAGUCAGAGCAGAUAAUACUUUAGCACACAGUUACGCUGAUGGUGUCAGUAAUUGGUCCAUAGAUUAAAACCACCCAGUUGAGGUUCACAUCUGCACCAUACAUUUAAAGCUCUAUUAUACCACUUUAAACAGUAAUGGAAUCUUGGGAACUGUAGUUUGUUAAGGAUGGCGAAAGUUGGUAGGAGAUCCCUGUUCCCUUCCCAGAGUACAAUUCCCAGUUUGGUUUAACAAUCAAUCUUUCUUUCCAGGGAACCUGGGGGAUCAUAGCUCUAUAAGGGGGGAAAAGGUCUUCUGACAACUCUCAGCACCUUUUACAAACUGCAGCUCCCAGGAUUCUUUGGGGGAAGCCUUAGCUGUUUAAAGGGGUAUGACAGUGGUUUGAAUGCAUGGUGUGGAUGUGGCCCGGGUCUCCUGGUGAGCCAUACAACCAUCUUUGCAGGCCCUUACAAGAGCAGGACCUAUAUAGGGUGCUCACCAGGCAGCGUUAGGUCUGAGCAGGCAUCCCUGUAUCAGGCUAACCUUCUGGACUGCAAAGCUUCUGCCUCCCAAUAUGCAAAAAGGGAUGAAUGAAAUUGCCUCCCUUCUUUCCACACUCCGGCAACCGCCUUUGUUUUUCCUCCACCGGUGUUAAGCUCUUUGUUUAUAUUGUACAUAUAAUCGCAAUCGUUUCGUGUUGCAUUGCAAUGGAAGAAGUGUGAGAGAAGGGGGAGGGUUCUCUGGCCAGCCGGUCAGAAGCUCCUGCACAAUGCCACCCUCUCAAAAAACUUGAAUGCCAGUGGUCGUUGUUUUCACCCACUUCCCAGCAAAGUGCUUUUAGGUCUUCCACUUCUGAUUCUGAUCCCGGUUCCCUCUCCCAGGACUCUCGAAAACAACAACCAUCUGUAGCCACAAUCUGCUUUUGUCCUCCUAUUUUAAGGAGGACACCUGGUUUUAAUGUACUGUAACAAAGGGUGGGCUUUGUUGUGAUUGUGCGGUCACCUAUGCUGACGUUUCGAC